AUGGAAUUGUCAUAUAAUGAAAAUGAUCAUAAAUUGAUAAUGCGAAAUACCACAGAUGUAUCAAAUUAUGAUAAACUUUAUCAACCACAACGUGCUCUUUUUGCUAUUGGUGGUAUGUCAUCCGAUCUAUCAGUUUCAUUAGACACAGAAACAUCCGAAUUGGAAUUAAUUGAGAAAGAUUUAGCAUCCACUCAUUAUGCUACAAAUCAACAAAAAAUUCUUCGUCCAUUUUAUUCAACAACCAAACGUGGCAGUGGAGCUUUUAACGAAAUGAUAUCAUCGCAGUCUACGGCAUCACCAACUUCAGUCAAUAUCAUAGAUAAUAGUGAUAACAUAAAAAAGCAAAUUCAUAAUAAAGUUUUUGUUGAACUAUAUGAUUUGGAUUUGCAAAAGAGUGGAGAAUGGACAGAAACUGCUCGAUGGAUUAAGUAUGAAGAGGAUGUUGAAGGAACAGAUCAUCAUUGGGGUCAACCACAUGUCUCAUUCCUUUCAUUUCAUGCCUUACUCUCUUUACGAAAAUUUAUGCGAACAGGUAUGAUUUUACUUGAUUGUAAGGCGAAAACAUUUCUUGAUAUUUGUGAUCAAGUAGCUAAUGCAAUGAUUUCGGAAGGAAUUACUUGUAGAAGACGUGAUAUAAUGCAAAUUUUAGCAAUGAAACAAGCACAUCCAUUACCACGUCGAAUGACUGCGCUAUCAUUGGCUGGUUCAGUGUUUGAUCGACGUCCUGAAUGUAACUUAAUAGGAUCAAAUACGUUGGAUAAUGCUAAAUUACGUAUAGAUUUAUUGAAACGAGAACAUUCAUUUCAAACUUGUAAUAUACGUAAGCAACCAACGAUAGCUGAAGAAGUUGAUGAAAUGGAACAUGCUGCAUUAACUGAAAUACAGGAUAUACCAAUUAGUGCCCUCAAACAACAAAGCUUUCCCAAUCUUCCGGCAAUACCAGCAGUUCAAGAAAGAUUAUGUUUAAAUCCAACAAAACAAUCUACGACAGCUUAUUUCAUUUCAGAUUCACUAGGAAAAGUUAGAACACAUUCAUCGGAAAUUCAUAAAGGUGAAGAUAUCUUGAAAAAACUUCCGGUUGGUAUCGAAACGGCACAGAUUUUUGUUGGUGUAAUUCCAAAUUUAACAAAAACAUAUUUUGUUAUGCUUCGAUUAAGUGAAGCAACAGUGAUGCCGGAAAUUCUUGAUGGUGAAGUACCGCUUCGUUUUGCUGUAGUGAUUUUAGGACCAGGUCAACCGGAUGUUAGUUAUCAUGAAGUGGGACGUUCCAUUGCAACAUUGAUGACAAAUACGGAAUUUAAUGCUAUUGCAUAUGAGGCAAAUGUUCGUGAAGAGCUUAUCUGUGGUGUGGAUAAUUUUUUGGAUGAUUCUGUUGUUAUUCCACCCGGUGAAAUUGAUAACAAACGUUUAUUGUCUGGUGAUGAAAUUCGAAAAGCAUUGAAAAAACGACAAAAUCGACGAAAAGUUACAGAAGAAGAAAGUUCUUCACCACCAAAAAGUGAGCAAAAAAAUGACAUUAAUUUUAAAAGACACUUCGAAAAAAAGGAAAAAUGUCGAUUUUUUAGUGGGAUGAUUAAUGAUUUUGAAAAACGAUUUCCUUAUUAUUGGUCUGAUUAUCGUGAUGCGCUCAAUUUUCAAUGCCUUACAAGUGUCGUAUUUAUGUUUUGUGCCAGUUUUGCUCCCGCAAUUACAUUUGGUGGUUUAUUAGGCAAAUAUACGAAUGAAAAAGUUGGAAUACUUGAAACUUUGAUGGCACAAUGCAUUUGCGGUGUACUUUGGGGAAUAUUUGCUGUUCAACCGCUUAUGAUUAUGAGUGCAACAGGACCAGUUCUUGUUUUUGAAGUUAGUCUAUAUGCGUUCUGUACUAAUCUAAACAUUGAUUUCCUAACGGUUCGACUUUAUGCUGGCUUAUGGGUGUUAGUGAUUUCAAUUAUUACUGUCGCAGUUGAUGGAUCCAGAAUGUUACGUUAUGUGACACGUUUCACUGAAGAUAUCUUUGCUUCAUUAAUUUCAGUGAUAUUUAUUGCGGAAAGUUUACGAUUUCUUUAUCAGACAUUCAUUCAUAAUCCAGUUGCGAAUUUCGAAUUUUAUCGACAUAUUCGUCAAAAAUGCGAACUAAAUGCUUUCAAUGGAGAAAGAAACGAUUCACAAAUGAUGUCAAUUUGUAAUGGUGAACCGAAUACAGCUUUAUUAACCACCUUUAUUAUGAUUUCUACCUUUGCAUUAGCAUAUGGUUUAAGACUACUACGACAAAGUUACUAUCUGGGAAGAACGCUUCGACGUGCACUUGGUGAUUUUGGUGUGCUAAUUGCAAUUGCAGUAGUUGCAAGUGUUGCACAUCUGUUAGUUCCAGAUCCUUAUUUACAGCGUUUGGAAGUACCAGAUCAUUUUAGCUUCACUAAUAUUGAAGCACGACAGCAUGGCUUAUUUGUUUCUGCAUAUUUACCAUUAAAUCAAUUAUGGGUAAUUAUAGUUGCAAUUGUUGCAGCACUGCUUGUUUUCAUACUUUUAUUUGUUGAAACUGAAAUUACUGAAUUGUUACUAUCUCGUAAAGAUCGUUGCUUAGUGAAAGGAAGUGGUUUGCAUUGGGAUUUAUUGCUAAUGGGUGCAUGCACAUUGCUUUGCAGUAUUUUUGGUUUACCAUGGAUGUGUGCUGCUGCAGUACAAUCAUUAGCACAUUGUAGUUCACUUUCAGUUCCAAAAAAAACUGCACCUGGUGAACGACCUGGAGUGGAUUAUGUUCUGGAACAACGUGUUACAACAAUUGGUGUAUCAUUGUUAAUGGGAUUAUUUGCUUUUGGUGGUUCAUAUCUACGACUUCCAUUGGCAUCUUUAUUUGGUGUUUUCUUAUAUUUAGGUGUUAUGAAUCUUACAGGUGUACAGUUUGUUCAACGAAUUAUUCUUUUCUUCAUACCGGGAAAGUAUUUUCCUGACACACCGUAUACUGAAUCGGUAGAUAUUCGUCGAAUGCACUUAUACACAGCUAUACAAAUAAUAUGUUUAAUUAUUAUUUAUGCUGUGAAAUACUUUAAACGAACUGCUCUUGCUUUUCCAUUCAUUUUGAUGCUUUUUAUUCUAUUGAGACAAUUCUUUCUUAAAAAAAUUUUCACUGAAAAAGAACUUAAAGCGUUGGAUGGUGAUGAUGAAACAAAUAACGAAAAUGGUUGGCUAGAGAAAGAUUUUUUCGAAGAUGCACCAUUACCUGUAUAA